AUGAUAACUUCAUCACCUUCUUCACGAGAGUUCUUGGAAGUGGAUCAUAUCAAAUCCGUCGCUUAUGUCAUGAUGACUCAAGCAAUGGCGAAGAGCACAGAGCUGCUCAUCAGAAAGCUGCCCUUCCAGCGCCUCGUUCGAGAGAUUGCCCAGGACUUCAAGACCAACCUUCGUUUCCAGUCUUCUGCAGUCAUGGUGCUGCAGGAGGCAUCUGAGGCCUACCUCGUCGGUCUCUUUGAAGACACCAACUUGUGCGCCAUCCACGCCAAGAGGGUCACCAUCAUGCCCAAGGAUAUUCAGCUUGCCCACCGCAUUCGUGUAUUAGAGAUCAUGUUCGAUCCUUUGCAACACCCGGAGACUGUCAUCAGUCAUUCCAGGACCUCCAGAGGGGAAGUCGAAUUGGAAGAGUGA